GUGGAAGGACGACACACACGACAACCGAGCAACGGGUCCGUGUCCAGGUCGCGGCUAUGGAGGACGACGGAGAGGGUGGACGUGCGGUGUUGGCACCUCUUGAGCUGCAGGCCGUGUCUACCGUUGUUCUUCGAUGUCGGCAGGAGAGGGCACUGGGACGACUGAACGAGCAGUUGCGUGCGUGUAGACCGAGGACAUUGAUGCAAGCUCCGGACGAUGGCCCCGACUAUGUGGCGACCUCGGAGGUUGUUGUUCAGUUGUGCUACGCAUUGGGUUGCAGAGUGAUUCCUCGAGCGACGCCGAGGUCAUCGUGGUGGAUGAAGCGCAGGACAGGAGGCACUUGGGAAGACCUCAGGCAAUGUGAUGGCGGGACAGAGGACUACUUCCGGCAGAAGCUAUGCAUGUCGCUGCGAGUGUUCCGGGAAAUCGUGGAGGCGUGUGCGCCUCAUCUUCAGCGGCGGGUGACGUUCUACAGAGAGCCUUUGCAGCUAGACCAGAUUGUGGCGUACGGACUUUACAGGUGGGCGUCGGGGGAGACAUACAAGAACAACAAGUGCAACUUCGGGAUUGGCAGAGCUUCUGGCCUGGUUGUCGUUCGCGACGUUACUGCUGUGCUGCUCCAGGUGUACGAAGAGAAGAUUGCCUGGCCGGCUGGAGUUCGUAAACUCGUCGUUCUGCGGGCGUUUGCUAAUAAAGGGUUCCCGAAUUGCCACGGUUGCAUUGACUGUGCUCACAUCUACGUGGACAAGCCGGCGAACGCACCGAGCGAAAACUACUAUGAUAGGAAGCGCUAUUUCUCCAUCGUCGCCCAGGUUGUCGUCGACCUGGACUUGCAUGUGCUCGAUGUGCACAUGGGAUACCCGGGUAGCUGCCACGACAUCAGGGUGCUCCAGUUGUCCAGCCUGUGGUAGCGUGCGGAGUCGGGGUCGUUGUUCUGUGGUCCCCCUGUGCCACUAUUGUUCGAUGUGCGGACAAACGGCUACAUCCUCGCGGAC